CGCCCUUUCAAACAGCUAAUCUCACCACUGUCCUGCUUUUACACUGCAUGCUGAUUUCCAGAUAUAUCUACUAUAAAAGAACAAAGACCAACCUAUUUUUUUUCUCAUGUCUGUGUCUUUCUGAAGUGGAGCCAUUCUUGUGACUUGCACUCUGAAGCCACCGCGUUGCAUUUCGAUUUUUCUGCAUCCAUUGUCUUCAACAUCUGAAUUCUUCACCAAAAUGCUGAGUGUGUCUUUCGUUUUCUGUGCUGUUGUGGCUCUGGCUAAAGCUCAGGCAGUUUGUCCUGCGGCCUGGACUAAAUACAACAAGCAAUGUUUCUACUAUGAUGGAACAUCCUGGACCUGGGUCGAGGCUCAGGCCCGUUGCCAGAGUUUUGGAGGCAACCUUGCGUCAGUACACAGUGAUGAAGAAUAUGCCUUCAUUCAGACGUUGACUCAGGUACCAACCUGGCUUGGAGGCACAGAUUGCCAAAGGACUGGAGCCUGGUUCUGGAUUGAUGGCACCCCAAUGAUGUAUAGAAUCUGGUGUCUACUCAAACCAGACAAUGAUCUCAAGCAGUGCUGUUUACAGAUGAACACUGGUGAGAACAAAUGCUGGGAUGACGCAACCUGUAGCACUACACUUCCAUAUGUUUGUGCAAGGCCUCUUUAGGAAAGGUAUGUCGAGGCAACCUGAAUUUUUUGUCUGCAAUGACGUUGCAAUAACACCACAAAAAAUCUGUCAUCUUCAAAGGAAGGGAUUGAUCAAGGCUGUCUGUGGACAAAUAGAGGGAGAUAUUUCCUUAGCACGGCUGCAGUGAUGAGAAAUGUUGAUUUUUGACUCACCUUCCCUCCUCUUCUCAGUUAUCAGAGUCCACGGUUAAAUAUAAUUAGCUAACAAUAGCAUCACUAUGUUCAUAGGUAGCAUAGGCAUGUCAUAAUGUAUUUCUUCUUGUUGUUGUUUGCUCUUCUCUUCUGUCUGCCUCCU